AUGUCCAUUUUUCCCUACAUCUAUUACAUGAUUCAGGACUUCAACAUCACCGACGAUCCUAGCAAAAUCUCAGUCUACGCUGGCAUGGUUACAUCUGCCUUCACCCUUGCCGAAUUCGCUACCGGUGUCUUUUGGGGACGUCUCAGUGACAGGAUCGGCCGCAAGCCUGUCCUUCUCAGCGGUCUUGCCGGUACCGCCCUCAGUGUCUUGAUUUUUGGUUUUGCUCCCAGCCUACCCGUUGCGCUCUUUGCUCGCGCGCUGGGCGGUCUUCUCAAUGGCAACAUUGGUGUCCUCCAAACCACGGUGGCUGAGCUUGUCACCGUAAAGGAACAACAACCCCGGGCUUAUACCAUCAUGCCCAUGGUCUGGUGCAUUGGAUCAAUCGUGGGCCCAAUGAUUGGCGGCGCCCUGGCCCGACCAUGCAUCAGCUACCCGCAGCUAUUCCCAACAGGCAGCAUCUGGGACCGUUACCCCUACUUGCUGCCUAACCUGUUCAGCGCCUUCACCGUUUUCUUCGGUGUCAUCAUCGGGCUCUUGUUCCUCGACGAAACGCACGCCAAGAAGAAGUUGCAGCGAGACCGCUGCCGCGAGCUGGGAGACAGGAUUGCUGCAUUCUUCAGCCGAGCCGGCAGCUGCAAGGGCCGCCACCCCGAAAAGGCGAGCCUGCUUUGCGAUUCCACGCCCGCUGGAUACAGCGCUGUCAGCUCCUCGACCCAUUCUCUCCUCAACGACGACGAUGAACCCCUCCCGAGCUACAGGAGCCAGGAGAGCUCACCAAGGCUCGCCCCAAGCAAGGCUCCAAACUCGCCUGUCGCCGUUACUAGAGUUGAGCCCGCGCCGCAACCAAAGCCAGUCAUCUUUACUCGGCCCGUGAUUAUGAACAUCGUGUCCUACGGCAUUCUCGCAUUCCACACCAUGACAUUCGACCAGCUCUUCCCCGUCUUUCUCAGCACCUCGCCGCCCGACCACCCCGUUCAGCAGCUUCCCUUCAAAUUCGUUGACGGAUUCGGCCUCGACACGAAAACCAUUGGCGUCAUCAUGUCUGUCCAGGGUCUCUAUUCUCUCUUCUCCAACUACCUCGUCGUCGCGCCGGUUACCCGCCGCCUGGGAUCUCUGCGCCUCUUCCGCCUCAUCGCAUUCUCCUACUUUUCGCUGUACCUGGUGACCCCCUACCUCGUACUCCUGCCCGAGAGCAUGCGGAUGCCGGCCAUCUAUCUGCUCGUCAUCUGGAAGUGCACCUUUGCGACAAUGGCGUAUCCCAGCAACGCCAUCCUCCUUGCCAACUCUGCGCCGUCCAAGGAAGUCCUAGGCACCAUCAACGGCAUCGCCGCCUCCACGGCCAGCCUCUGCCGAGCGCUCGGCCCGACGGUCUCUGGCUUCCUCUACGCCCUCGGCCUCCAGACUGGCUAUUCGGGUCUCGCAUGGUGGUUCAGCGGCGCCACCACGCUCGUCGGCGCCUACCUCAGCUCCCAAAUCACCGAAGGUGGCUACAAGUCUGCGGCCCCCGAGGAAGAAGAGGACCCUCUCCUCGAGUCGAUGAUGGAUGAAUACGACGAGGAACAACGCGUAUGA